AAGAAAAAAAUCAUAACAGAGCUGCCCGCCACAAAAACACGCGCAUACUCUGUAGACAGAGAGAAGGAUGUUGGAGGUGAAGAGUCUGAGGAAGGCGGUGGUGCCCUCCACACUCAUUGAGCAUCCCUCUCCGGGGAAUCUUCAGUCCACUCGGCUCGCCCUCCAUGCUAGUGACGACGGUUCUUCUUGUUGGGCCUACGUCGCCUCCGGUUGCCACGUUUAUAAAAUCCAGAUGCCACUGGAAGAUGCUUUCAUGAGCAAAGGAAAAGAAAGCCUCCUGAUCCCUGUACUGACUCGGGUUAUGGACUCUCUCUUAGUUAACCGCUGUCCUCAUCGUUCAGAGAUUCAGAGUAUAGUGCUAACAGAAACUGAGAGCACUGACUACUUAAUGUUGGGAAGCGUAGAUUCAUAUGGUCACCUUAUUGUAUCUAAACUAGAUACUGCUGGUAAAGAUGUAAACAGGCUCACAUAUUCAGUAUUGCCUCGAGAUAAUGGUGUUGGCGAAGGCAGUUGGGCAGGGCUCUGUUUCAGUCCAAGUCAAUGGUCUAUGGCUGCUGUAGCACGUAGCUUCUGCAAAACUGUUGAUGUUUAUGACCAGGAUAUUCAUGUCCGGACAUUACGUACACUCUGGUAUCCAUCCUCGUUGAACUUUAUACAAAAUCCAUGUCUUGUGAAUGAAAGUUCUAUAUUAGCCGUCACUGAAGGCUUCCAGCUGACUAUAUGGGACUUGAGAAUGAAAGAAAACGGCGGUUGUAUACAGCGAGUCUGCGGUGCCCCUGGUGAUAUCUUAUAUGCUGUCUGCAGUUCUUCAACUGGUAAUAUUGCUGUUGGUGGAGCUGAUCGUACUGUGACCAUCUAUGAUCCUCGCAGAUGGUCAGCAUUAUCAAGAUGGGUGCACUGCUCAAAAUAUGAGAUAACCGGGCUGGCUUUUUCAUCAAUUGAUCCUGAUCAUAUCUAUAUACAAGGGGUUGACUAUGAGUAUUAUUCCAUCAGUCUGCCUUUCAAAAAAAUAAGCAUUCCUGACUCCCUUCCCCCUUCUUGGAAGGGUGGAUGGGUUAUAAGCUUAGACCCACUAGCAUUUCUUCUUGCUAUGGACUUGCAAGGUAUCUGGCAAAGUAAACAUAAUAAGGGAUUGGUCCAGUUACUGAGUAGACGCAAUCACAAAGAACAUCUUCUGAAUAGGUUUUUUGUGGACACUGGAAAGAAGGCAAUAAAGUGUUUUCAUUUAGAGGAGAUUCGAACUGGCUUGGGUUUAGCAAGUGCUCCAAAAGGGAUGUUUUAGGUGGAUGGUGCGACUCUGGUAGCAUCUUUGUGGCUGAUGUUGUAGCUAAAGAGAGUGAAACAAACACUUGAAAGGUUUUGUCAAUGGGUUUCCCUAAUAUUCAGUCUUCUCAUCUAUUUACAUGGGAAUUACUACUUGCAUGAUUAUAAACUUAUUGGAGUCCUGUUAAAUCAGACUUCCCCAUUAUGUCUGCAAGCAGCCAUUUCAAGCAACCACCCUUGCUCCAGUCAAUCUGCCUGAAAAAUGAUCUAUUUUCCUUGCAACAUGUAUUUUUUGCAGUGUAAAUUUAUUCUGCAAUUUUGACUUUGACUCAGAAAACAUAUGUUCUUGUCCAGUUUUUCUACAUCACAUCAAGGCUAAGUAGGCCCUGAA